UCCACCAGUUACAUGGGGACGUAUAUAACCCAGUGAGGCUGAAGUGGGGCAGGUGGUAAUAAAACGAGCAAAAAGGAGUUGCCUUUGCAAUGUGACUGUGUCUCAAUGUAUGUUCUUUAUUUUGAUAGGUAUUUACAGAAGGUUUUUGGCGGAGACAGCCAUAUACACGCGAACAUUAGUGACUGAGUGAAAGCCACCACUUCCUGUUUCAUAGUAAAAGGCCUUUAGCGUAAGGCGGUCCAAUCAUAUCCUAGGUUUUGACCUGGCCUUGUUUUUUAUGUUUUAUAAAUCAGAGAGAGCAUUUUGAAAACAAAAAUUACUCCACUCUAAAGCAUCUUGUUAGAAAUUACACUUAAAUGUUUUCAACCCUGUGAAAUUAAUCAAAAUCAUCAACCUUGAUAAACGACUUCCAGGCUUGAUGUUGGUUUUCCUGUUGAUCAGCUAAUUGGUUAAUGAACUGUUUCAGCACUGUCUGUGGUGUUUUACAGAGCCCCAGGUAAGCUGUUUUCAUGUCAGAGCACUUUACUUUAGGCUCUAUGAAUUUGUGUCUGAGUUGGGAAUUAGCCCAUCACAGUGCAAAAACACAGUUAGUGAAGUAAGUGUAUCUUGUAGUGUUGUAUAAUCCACUACAACACCACCAUAUAGAACCUCACACCUUACCAGGAUUAAAGCAGCACCUCCAUGUCUCGACUAAAACUGUCACAAGUCUCACAUGGCAGCACAUGCUGCCGAGCCAUCACAUUGGAUUGCAUUCAGAUGUUUGGCUGCCCCUGUUAUUUUUUUCCACCCUAUGAAGAGUGUUGGAGCCUCAUUUAUCGCUGACUUCCUGGUGUUUCUAACCACAAUGUUUAAAUAUAACAUUUUGGAUUACUGAAACUGAGCAGGGUGAGCCAUCAGAGGGAUUAUUUAUGUCAGCACUUUAAUAUUUAAUAUUAGCACUUAAAAGAGCUAUAUGUAAGAAAUCUAAAGCAAAUAGUCAUAAAAUCCUCCUAAUAUGUCACAGAGACUAAGGAAUAAUGUUCAUAUAACAUACUGAUCUCACCGACAACAAUAGCACAGCCAGAAUAUUCGCAUUUAAAAAACAUUUUUACAGUCCGCAAAUCAUGUUUAUGUUUUGAAUUUGUGUUUUGGCCUGUUGCACCACCCACCGCCGUCUACCAGUCACACAGUCAGUAGAGUCUCAGCAUCAGUUACAGUUACGACUGAGCUACAGCAGCACGGCAAGCAGCAUUAGCAGUGUCCCGGUACAUAGCAUUAGCAGCCGGCUCCUCCUCCGCUGUAUCCCGGCAGCAGCAUUAGCAGUGUCCCGGUACAUAGCAUUAGCAGUCGGCUCCUCCUCCGCUGUAUCCCGCAGCAUUAGCAGCAGAGAAGCCAGACUUGCUCGAACGGUCCGCUGGAAAACCGAAGAUCAGGAACGCGGCCCUGCCACGGCAGUCGCCCGUGGGCAAACAAAUCAGUCUCCAGCGUGCCGCUGUCUAGCAACCUCGAAUCUGUAGGGGAGGGGGGGCGGACACGACUCGCAGCAGUAUUUUGAAUUUGAGUGCAGUAAACGUUUUGGCCACAUUCUUACAUACAGCACCUUUAAUAUUGCACGCCAUAUAGACUUUGAUCAACCUGCGCUUAACUAAGCAAAAAAAACAUGAAGUUAAUAGCAUCAGAUGCAGUACAUAUGGGUAUGCAUUGAAGAGUCACUGGACUGAAGGAGAAGCAGACAUGAACUGUGAUAUAUGGGCUAUAAGUCAAAGAGUGGUAUUCUUAUUGUCUGCUGGAAUGUGUAUACCAUGUGUUUAGAGAGACCAGUUGAUGGAUGAUGAAGAUGAUGAAGAGCCUGCCCUGCACGUAAAGCGCAGAUCCAGGAGGUUGUCCCAUAGAAUGGUGAAUACUAUACCCCCCCUUACUCCACUCCUUUCACGCUGUAACCAAUAAAACCCACUGGUGUACAGUUCCACACCCACUUCUCUAGUCAGGAAUCUUUGUCCACCUGUGCACCUUUACACCUGGCUUCAUUUUAGCUCCUCUAGCCAUGAGUCAAAGUACAAAAUUGCAGCAGUUAUCUGAUAACUGCUGCCUAGAUGUGAUAACGGUAUUCAUCAUGGCACUAUAAAAGACAAGGAUUCAUUGGCUAAUGUGUUUCAUACUGAUUUAUUCACUUAAGUUACAAACAACAAAAGUACUUAUUCAUCUUUCUGUGCUUUGCACCUCCUCUCUGUUUCACUUGUCCUCUCUUGCUACAGUUAUCACUUCCUGUCCACCGUUCUUCCCAUACUCUGUCCAUAGUUCUGGUUUUCUGUCCCAGCAGAUAGUGCCUGAGGAUCUCAGGCCUGUAUUGACAGAUCAGGUCCCGUCGGAGUCCAAAGGCAGGGUUCAUCACAGACUGGACAGUCCAGCUCGGGCUGAACCUCCCUCUACUUCAUCCAGACCUGCUCAGCUCCGAGAGGAGAAGCCACAGCUGAGUCUUCCUAAACUCAGCAAGGAUUCAUCUCACAAGCCAGUCGCUCUGCUCAACACCGCUCUGCUAGAGGAACCUGAGCCAAGUAUCAAACCUUUACGUCCAGCAGCUGUGGCAGGCUCUUUGAUUUGUACUAAACAGAGUCCAAGGCCAGCUGCCAAGCCAUCGUGCCCUUCCUCCCCUUUGGUUCAACUCGCAAAAAUCGAUGCAGUCACCUUUAGCCCCAUGAGUAACAUCUCACCCAUUAAGAGACAAGAGAGCCACUGGUCAGACCAGUUUGGAUCUAAGCCCGGUGGUGUCUCUGCAGCACUGGAGGAGUGUGUCCCUCCAGAUGUCCUGCUGCAUGAAAGGAGGCAGCAGAAAAUCACCAGCUUCCUGUCCACAUGCAGCCCUUUGGAGACACUCAACUGCACGUCCACGCUGUCCAAGGAUGUGUUAGUGAGACAGGUAGACUGUUACCCUGCAGGGACCUUGUUCUGUGUCACAUUCACAAGGUGCUUCAGUAGUCAACAUGGUGGUUGGCUCAGCCUUUUGUUUGAAGUGGUCACAUGGUGAGAGGUGUCUAAUAUCAAGCAGGGCGCCCUCUGCUGGUCCAAACAUGCACCUACAGGUGGUUGAAGUGUGAAGUAAUUGGGAGGAUUUUCCCUUUGCAUCUGUGUUAGCUCUUUAAAU